AUGCCGAAUAUUGUGGUUGUAGGCGCUGGCGUAUCGGGCCUGACAUGCGCUUACCUGCUGUCAAAACAGAAGGGCAAUGUCAUAACUGUGGUCGCAAAGCACAUGCCUGGUGACUAUGAUAUAGAAUACGCUUCGCCCAUUGCUGGCGCCAACGUUCUGCCAAUGUCAAACCAGAAGAACAGCAGCUGGGAACGUCGCACAUGGCAAGAACUGAAGCGCUUGGCUGUCGAGGUACCCGAGGCUGGUAUUCACCUGCAAAAAUCGCAAGUAUACCGCCGCGAGAAAGACCUGGAUAAGUUGAGGAAGGGCGGCUACAGUUUUGACGGACUCUUCCUAGAAAAUCCCUGGUACAAGGACCUCUUUGACGACUUUCGGGAGCUUUCCAAAGACGAAUUGCCGGAGGGCAUGGCAUCUGGCUCCGAGUUUGGCUCGGUAUGCAUCAACGUCAUGCUCUACAUGCCGUGGCUGGUCGGCCAGUGCCGAAAGAACGGAGUCGUCUUCCGUCGGGGCAAUCUCAAGCACAUCUCGGAAGCCUCUUCCAUGAGCCACUCUGGCGGUAAAGCCGAUGUUGUGGUCAACACGACGGGCUUGAUGUCCUGCAAACUUGGCGGCGUGAUGGAUUCAAACGUCAUACCAAUUCGCGGCCAGGUUGUGGUCGUCAGAAACGAGGCUCCGUACAUGCUGACCAAGUCCGGAACGGACGAUGCCGACGAUGAGGUCUGCUACACCAUGACGAGGGCCUCCGGCGGUGGUACGAUCCUAGGUGGCACCUACCAGAAGGGCCAAUGGGAGAGCCAGCCCGAUCCAAACAUCGCAAUGCGCAUCAUGCGACGGGUGGUGGAAAUGAUGCCGGAGAUGACCAACGGCCAAGGCGUGAAGGGCCUGGAUAUCGUCCGUCACGGGGUUGGGCUUCGUCCAUACAGAAAUGGCGGUGUGAGGAUUGAAAAGGAGAAGAUUGAUGGCACCUGGGUUGUUCAUAACUAUGGUCAUGCUGGAUGGGGGUACCAGGGAUCAUAUGGCUGUGCCGAGGAUGUCGUCGGACUCGUCGAUGAGGUCCUGAGCCGGCCGAAGUUGUAG